AGGCCAUAUCCAUAGUAGCAGCAGAAGCACGCUAAAAGAAAAAGAAACCCACCAAGAGAAUCUCGGAAAGCAGAGACAGCAACAAUGGCGACGCUAGGAGGUAUUCGUGAAGCCGAAGGAUCGGCCAACAGCCUGGAGAUCGACGAGCUAGCACGUUUCGCCGUCGAUGAACACAACAAGAAACAGAAUGCGCUGCUGGAGUUCCACAGUGUUGUCAAGACAAAGCAGCAGGUGGUGUCCGGCACGAUGCACCAUAUUACCUUGGAAGCAACUGAGGGCGGGGAGAAGAAGGCCUAUGAAGCUAAGGUGUGGGUGAAGCCAUGGAUGAACUUCAAGGAGCUCCAGCACUUCAAACCUGUCGGCGAUGCCUAGUCAAUCAGGUUGGUCUCUUGGCUUUCUGCUUUUGUUGUUGCAGUUUGGAUAAUCUUUGAGUUGGGGGCUGCUAGCUAAGUACUGAAAAUUUGUGUUUUCUGGAAAUUGAGCUUAACUUUGAUUGAAGAGAUUGGUUAAGGGUACAAGCAAGAUAACGGGAACUGACUAGUAACUGCACAGGAUCGAACCUGAUAAACAUAUUAAGAGUUGAAUCUCUGCAAAUUAAGCCCAGAUUAAGGGCAAAUCUAGGGAUUUAGGCUCACUGCGGCUUUGAAAGUCUGGAUGGUCCUUCCUGCUGAAAAUAUGAAUGUGUGUUGUAAACAGAUGAGGUUCCUCUUAUUAGCUCUAGCAAUCCCUUGCUGGUCUUCUGACAAUGGAUGCUUAUUUUGAUUGAGCAUGGAAUUGGAUGUCUUUCAACUUAGUUUGUUCUCAAGGAAGAAACUGACAGGAUUAGUAUCUGCUGUUCAUUGUCCGUUUAAAUUGAGUUAAAGUUCUUGCGUGGUUCAUGUGAAGAGAACCAUUUGAUUUUGCUUCUAUGAGCUACAUUCUUGGUCAGUUGCACAUUGGAAGAGAGAUUAUGUGUUGUUUCUUAGUAAAAAUUCCAUCUAGACCUUUAAAGGACCCAGAAAAUCAGGAAGAAGAAAUUUCCUUUUAAGCUAUUAGUCUGCUGUCAGGGGCACUUGAUCUGUCAUGUGAAAUUUGGUGGAGUUAGGGGCACAGACAGGACACAUUAGUAUUCACAUUUGCCUAUGUGUCUUUCCCUUAAGAAGAUAUUUUCUCUGUGAUUUUCCUCUUCUGGUUGUUUGAUGAAUCACAAAUCAAUAUUUGAAUACCGAAGAAGAACAUCUGGCCUCUAAAUUGUUGAAUGCUCGAACCGUUUUGCAAGUUUAUCAUCUACGAGUACUGGAUAAUUUUGAAUUCGGCAAUCCUAAUCCGGUCCAGUUAUGCAAUCACUGCGUGGCGGAGAAAUUCAGUACUUAAAUCUGUCCUUGAUAGCUCUGAUGAGUGAUUAGACGCCUUUGAUCAUCGAUAUUGUUUUCUUUUACUCGCAUACCUUUUUCUUCUGGUGCUGAUGAGUUUGGCCUACAAUGCAGGUGACUGAAGACUGCAUAGAGAUGUGCUCAGCCUACUGUAAGUGCAAGCUGAUGCUAUAAUAAAAGAGGAUCUGUAAUGACUCCCGGUACAUUUCUAUCACUUUGUCAUGGAUUUGCUGCAUUGUAAUGCCUUCUUCCCCACGGCAACUUAACCUGGUCGACUAUUUUCGCUGUAACCAAGUCAUACCUGGUUACAGAAAACACCUACUUGUGAAUUGUGAUGGUUACUUUGGUAUUCAUAUGCAUGUUUUCCCCUUUUGCCCUCAUUAUGGGUUUUCUUUUCGAGCGACCUAAGUGAUGGGCUGGUGGCCCAAUUCGAGCGGCCCACAGGCAACCCUUUUCGUUUGGGCUUACAUAAAAAAGGAAGGUCCAA